ACGACAGCAGCUUCGGGGUAGACAUGAUGGAGCAAGAUCAUGCGCACGCAGAGCAGCGGGAGGAGAAAAGUGCGGUGGAAGCGUCUUCAAACGCCUUGUCCUCCGCGUCGGAGCGCACGACAUCAAAUCCCAAGACCCCCUCCUCCUUCCUUUCUUACGCCCCCCGUGACGCCUCAGAGGGCUUGGCAGAGGGACUGAAAUCCAUCGCCCUCGGCGUCGGCGCGGGCGUUGCAGGCUUAGUGGCCAUGCCCGUGGUUGGAGCGAGGGAGAAAGGCGUGUCGGGGUUCUUCAAAGGGCUUGGGCAAGGCGUCCUAGGGGCCGUGGUCCUUCCGACUGUGGGGGUCGUGAAUGGCGUGGUGGAGAUAGGGGCGGGUAUUGUGAAUACACCAGAGAGUGUGAAUGCCCGAAUGGAAGGGCGGUCUUGGGACGAGAAACAGCGAAAAUGGAUCCGUUACGAUUUGAAGGAAGAGGCCACCCGGGUCUUCCAGGAGGAGAAGGAGGAAGAA